GUUCUUAGAAAGAACGUUUGGAAUCGUGAUAAACAUGGCAGACCUCGUGGAGAGAGUGUUACAAGAAGCAGCAGAAAGAGAGUCUCACUACAAAACUAUAGAGGUUCACAAAGAUAUUGAGUUAGAAAUAGACCCAGGAAACUUGCUGACUGUCGAUACAAAUCCAUUAGAUGCCACAAAGCUAAAAAAGAACAGAGAGGAGUAUUUAAAGAGCUUGGCCAGAGACAACACACAGCUGUUAAUAAACACUCUGUGGCAGCUUCCAACAGAGAAAGUAGAUGAAGCAAUAGUUGUAAAGCUUCCAGAUCCCAAAACACCAAUUCCAAGAGAAAAACCGGUACCCAAAGACAAAGCUUUGACAAAAUGGCAACAAUAUGCCCAGCUGAAAGGAAUUCAAAAGAGAAAGAAGAGUAGAAUGAUGUGGGAUGAUCAGUCAAAGGAAUGGAAACCAAGGUGGGGUUACAAGAGAGGGAAUGACGAUACACAGGAGUGGUGCAUAGAGGUUCCUGAUAAUGCUGAGGAUCCAAAUGUUGAUCUGUUUGCCAAAAAGAAUAAGGAAAAAAAGGAACGGGUAGCCAAGAAUGAAUUACAAAGGCUGCGUAAUAUUGCAAGGUCACAGAAGUCAAAGGUACCAGGUGUUGGGCUUACCCCAACUGAGGCUCCCAGUAAGGAUUACCUGGGAAAAGCUCUAGCAUUAGCCAGAAAAUCCACAGCCUCCAUAGGAAAAUUUACAGACAAACUCCCCACAGAGAAACCCUCAAAACACACGGGCAAAAAGAGAAAGUUUGAACCCAAUUAUGGUGAUGUUGAAAGGGAGAGCAAGAAACAAUUAAAGAUUCUAAAUCACAUCCAAAACAGGAUACCUAUUGUUAAUACCACAAAGGCCGCUAAUCGCCACAUCAUGGAGGAACAACGGUCAAGAGCAAGGAGAAGACGAGAAGAAGAUGGUGGCAAACAGAAAGGGGGGAAAAAUAAAGGUGGUGGGGGCAAGAAAAAAGGAGGGUUUAAGGCUGGGAAGAAAGGCAAGGCAGGAGGCAAGAAGAGAUGAUUGUUAUUAGAAUUCUAAAUAAAUAUGUUUUAUUAAAUUUUUUUUAUUUUUUGUUUUACAGUAGCAAACAGCAAUUAAGUAAGGUUACAAGUUCUAUUUUAUUAAUAGUA